AUGGUGCGAGAAGCAAAGACGGCGGGUCUUCUCGCAUCUUUCUUCGUCUGGGUCAUCUCAACCCCCCGUCUCAGCGUUACUCCUCUCAGCGUCCCUCCUCUCAGCGUUCGGAACGCGCUUCACACUCCUGUGUGUCCCUCUCAGCGUCCCUCCUCUCAGCUCGACCAGCGCUUCACAAUCCUGUUUCCGUGCCCUCGGAGCGGUCAAUAUCGUUCUCGGCGUGGCCUCACACUGUUCCACGUGUUAAUCGCUUUAUGGAUCCUGAUCGGCGUGGGCGUGUGCGUGUGGCGGUUCGUGGCGAGGCAGUAUCAGUGGCACGGGGAGCGGCGGGGGGAGCUGAGGCAAUGGUGUUCGCAACGAGCCAUAAUGCUGGAGCAGCAGCUGCUGGCGCACACCGGACAGACGCAGGUGGAGCUGAAGCGAUGGUGCUCGCAGCGGGCGUUACCGCUGGAGCAGCAGCUGCUGGCGCACACAGGGCAGACGCAGACGCUGGCAGGUUUGGUGUCGUCCCUGGGUCGCAUAGCUGAGGACGGCCAAUGGGCGCUGGACACGUGUCUCUCUGAGAGGCGCUGGCUGGCGUAUCUCAGCCAAACCAAGUCCACCCGGCCUGGAGGCGCUGAGGCGUUUGCGUGUCUCUAUGUCUCAAAUGCCGAGAGGCGUGUCUUUGAGCGGCGGAACAACGCCUCGAUCACAGAUGCGUUCACCGCCCUGCCACGCAUGCCUGCUCCAAUCUACUGCCCCAAGGUGCUGGACGUGAACAGUGAGUCAGGGGCUGCUCUCCUCUCAGACGCCCUCCAGGCCUUCCCCUCAGAGCUUGCUCUCGUGCAUUCCUUAGCCAAGGAGGUGCUGGACGUGAACAGUGAGUCAGGGGCUUCUCUCACCCCAGCCGCCCUCCAGGCCUUCCCCUUGGAGCUUGCUCUCGUGCAUUCCUUAGCCAAGGAGGUUAUUGCUCCGGGCUGCUCUCCUCCCAGCCGCCCUGCAGGCCUUCCCCUCGGAGCUUGCUCUCGUGCAUUCCUUAGCCAAGGAGGCUAUGGCUCCGUCCCGCCCCCCAUCACCUCCACCCACCACCAGGUGCUGGACUUGGACAGCAAGUCAGGGGCUGCUUUCCUGUCAGACGCCCUGCAGGCCUUCCCCUCAGAGCUUGCUCUCGUGCGUGCCUCAGCCAAGGAGACAUUCACGCUGCCCUACGCCACCACCGCCACUAGCACUGCUGGUCUGGGGGUGGUGUUCCCGGUGCUGCAGCAGCAUCCCUUCCCCACGUCCCCCUUGCAGCAGCAGCAGGCACAGGCAGCAGUGGUGGGAGCAGUGACCACCACCAUCAACCUCACUGCUGUCGUGCAGAGCGUGCUCGCUGAGAUCUUCGCAUCCUCCACUCCAUCCACACGUGAUCGGAACCGCACUGCUGUCGUGCAGAGCGUGCUCGCUGAGAUCUUCUCAUCCUCCACUCCAUCCACACGUGAUCGGAACCGCACUGCUGUCGUGCAGAGCGUGCUCGCUGAGAUCUUCUCAUCCUCCACUCCAUCCAUACGUGAUCGGAACCGCACUGCUGUCGUGCAGAGCGUGCUCGCUGAGAUCUUCUCAUCCUCCACUCCAUCCACACGUGAUCAGCACCGCACUGCUGUCGUGCAGAGCAUGCUCGCUGAGAUCUUCUCAUCCUCCACUCCAUCCACACGUGAUCGGAACCGCACUGCUGUCGUGCAGAGCGUGCUCGCUGAGAUCUUCUCAUCCUCCACUCCAUCCACACGUGAUCAGCACCGCACUGCUGUCGUGCAGAGCAUGCUCGCUGAGAUCUUCUCAUCCUCCACUCCAUCCACACGUGAUCGGAACCGCACUGCUGUCGUGCAGAGCGUGCUCGCUGAGAUCUUCUCAUCCUCCACUCCAUCCACACGUGAUCGGAACCGCACUGCUGUCGUGCAGAGCGUGCUCGCUGAGAUCUUCUCAUCCUCCACUCCAUCCACACGUGAUCGGAACCGCACUGCUGUCGUGCAGAGCGUGCUCGCUGAGAUCUUCUCAUCCUCCACUCCAUCCACACGCUCCGACCGAUCAGUUGAGCUCUACGAUACGACAGACCUUGCCGCCCCGCUCAUGCUUGCCAGCCCCAUGCCGCUGCUUUUCCAGCCGCAGCCCGGCCAGCCGGUCGCCCCGCUGCUGCCGCUGCCCCCCUCGGUGCUGCGCGUAUGGGAGAUGCGGGCAAUUGUGAACCUCACGCUGCCAAGUGCUGGGCCCAGGCGCUACCAAGUGUGGUGCAGCAGGUUCACGGAGCCCCCCUCUUGGUUUGUUGAAUACAGAAUGCCCAUCCUCUGGACGCUGCUGGUGCUGGCGCUACUGGUAACCCAAUCCCCCCCUGUCCCUCCCACUGUACGCCCCAACCGAUUCACGGAGCCGCCAUCGCGGUUCAUGGAGUGUGGAAUGCCGACCCUGUUCACACUGCUGGUGCUGGCGAUAGUGACCCGACUCCCCCCUGCAUGUCCCUUCUCUCCCACUUGUUUCCAGACCAGGUUCACGGAGCCCCCCUCUUGGUACAUGGAGUAUGUGAUGCCGACCCUCUUCACCCUGCUCGUGCCGGCGCUGGUAGCGCUGGUGGCGGUGGUGGCGUGCCCGCAGCGGCGCCAGUUCACGGAGCCCCCGUCUCGGUUUGAAGAGUAUGUUCCGCCGACCCUCUUCACCCUGCUGGUGCUGGCGCUGGUAGCGCUGGUGGCGGUGGUGGCGUCCCUGCAGCGGCGGCAGUACGAGCAGAGCAGGCGGGCAGCAGUGGAGGCGGAUGCGAUGAGGGCGGAGGCGGAGGGGGCGGAGAGGAGCAAGAGCUGCUUUGUCGCGAGCAUGACUCAUGAGCUGCGCACUCCCAUGCUUGGCAUCAUCGGCAUGCUAGACGUGCUCUCGGACUCACAUCUUUCUAGCAACCAGCUCUCAGACUUAAGCACAGCGCGCACCUCUGCCCUCAAGGUGCUGAAGCUGGUGAACCAGGUGCUGGACCUCUCCAAGCUGGAGGCGGGGCGGCUGCAGCUGGAGCCGGGCGGGUUUGACGUGCACGCGUGGGUGGAGGGGGUGGUGGGCCGGCGGUGGGCGGAGGCGCAAGAGAGGAACUUGCACUUGGCAGCAGUAGUGGACGCCGAUGUGCCGCCUCAGCUGGUGGGGGAUCAACUGCGCCUCGCCCAAGUGCUCUCUCAAGUGAUGGGUGGGUGCUCACUUACUUGUCGCCUCUUCUGUUCAGUUUUUGAGGUGCCUAUCAGAGUCUAUCACAAGUCAAGCCAUGGAUGGGCUGUUCAGUUCGGAUACUACGCCUUGUCAUUCACACCGCACGGGGGCUACGUGCUGGUGCGGGUGGCUGUGGUGGAUGCUCAUGUGCCCAUGGCUCAGCUGGCUCAGUGGAACGCGUCCUGUGCUGCAGCCAGCAGCGCGAGGGUGACUACACUGAUAGGCUCAGACGAUGUGACUAUAACAGGGGAUGCUGACGCAGCAGCAGCAGCAGCAGCAGCAGCAACGGCUUGCUUUGCUGGCAGUGCUGGACCGUGCGGAGAGAAGCAGAGCUGUUGUCAAGCUAUGGCUGCUCGCAAUACGCUCAAUACGCGCAAACGGCCAGGAUAUGGCAAAAGUAGUGUGUGUGACUGUAGAGGAGCAGAACCAUGCAACCUUCGUGGUCCCUGCAUACGUGGUAACUGUACAAGCGGCAUCAGUGGUAACCGUAUUAUGGGUGGUAGUAGUAACCAUACAGUCCACGUGGAUUGUGACUGUCACUACGGCGGAAGAAGGGGAGCAGCAGCAGGCGGGGCAAUGCAGCUGGUGGUGACGUGUGAGCACAGCGGGUGUGACAACAGCGAGACCAUGAAUGGAUUCAUGUUUCGAUUUGAGGAGAUGCGUAGCUUGCAGGAGGGAGCUGAGGAAGCUGCUGCGAAGCUCAGCCUUGUGUUAGCUAAGCAACUGGUGACUCUAAUGAAGGGUGACAUGAGCUGCAAGGUCGACCCUGUUACAGGAACAGCUUUCACCCUCGCCAUACCCAUACUCUCUGCUCCACCACAGCUGCCCCAGACAAGCCUUUCUUCAACAGCCCUCCACCAGAUCAACCUGUCUCAUACAAGCCUGCCCUUUUUAAAAGCCGUUUUUCCGGCUGCCACUCCUGCCACUGCACCUGCUGUCGAUGCCGCGCCUUCUGCUCAAGUGGACGGCUGGGAGAACCAUGGAACCAUGGCCAUGGGAGCCAUGGUUACCAUGAUGCUCGGCGGCAUGGGACGGGACCUUUCUGCAGACCUUUCUGGAGUGCUGGUGGUGGCGGAUGGCCAGCCGGAGAGAGCAAAGCUGACUUCCCGUGUGUUGACACACUUAGGAGCAUCCGUGCUGCUGGCGAACGAUGAACAGGCAGCAGCUUCCUUCUUAGCCGAUUCUCACACCUCCCACCAACGAUCUUCACGUUCCCACUCGCACCAGCAGCACUUAGUUAAGUUGUGUGGGAAGCAGGUGGUGGUGGUAGUGAGCGGGGAGGCUGGCCUGAAGAGCCCGGCCCUGCUUGGCAUCGUGGUGCUUGUAGCAAAAGGGGGCCUUAGUGAAGGGGCCGACGAGGGCACGGAAACUAGGAAGGGAGCUGUUGGUGGUGGCGACAGAAGGGAGCAGCAGAGGGUUGGCAUGACAGAUGGACAGAAACGUGCUGAUGCUUUCACCACUGGCAGUAGUGAGGGGGAUAGUGAGGGCACGGAAAAUAGUGGGGAAGUUGGUGGUGGAGACAGAGGGGAGCAGCAGGGACCAUACUCCUCCCACCAGCAUCGCCUUCACCACCCACCUCGUUAUACUUCAACCUCUCGUUAA